AUGUCAGAACUCACUGUCAGAUUCUGUGGAGAUGAUGACUAUGAAUCAGAUGACAACGACUUGGGUGAUGAAGAGGAAGAAUCUUUUGUGGCCGAUUCAGAUCACCAUCAAGAGAAUGUUGAUAGAGUAACCAAUGAUAUUGGAAGCCUCGUUACUGAUCUGGAGGAUCUACAAGAACCACCAGAAGAAGAGAUUGUAUUUGAGCCUGAAAUGCCUCAAGUAGCAAAAUUCACUCGGUCUGGGCAAGCUGCAAUGUCAGGGCUGAACCUUUCUCAAGUUCCAAAGAAAUUAAGAGAAUGGCCUUCAAGCAGGUGUGGCAGUUCUGGCAAUAAGAACAAGAAUGGAGUUGCGACAUGA